UUAGUUGUAGAAGACAACUGAAGAAACAGAAGAAGAACGCAUCGACACCGCACUCUCCAAAAUGUCCGCGCUCAAGAGAAAACGUGGGGGAAAUGGAAAAGGUCCCAAAACAGCAAAAAAAGUAAAAAUUGUCGAAAAUGGAUCUCAAAAACAGAAGGACACACCAGUCGAGGAUCCGAAGAAUGAGUACAAUGUCCCAGCACCAGUUUCAAUGGGGAAGUGGACGAACAAAGAACGGGUUCUGGUGUUCUCUUCUAGAGGCAUCAACUUCAGAACUAGGCACCUGAUGCAGGACCUUAGAACCAUGAUGCCUCACACGAAAGCAGAUACUAAAAUGGAUCGAAAGGAUAAGCUUUUUGUUGUAAACGAGGUGUGUGAAAUCAAAAACUGCAACAAGUGUAUAUUUUUUGAAGCCAAAAAGAAGCAGGACCUCUACAUGUGGAUUUCCAAUGUUCCCCAUGGACCAUCAGCCAAGUUCUUGGUUCAGAACAUUCAUACACUGGCAGAACUCAAAAUGACUGGAAACUGUCUGAAAGGAUCCAGACCGCUGCUUUCUUUUGACCCAAAAUUUGACAAGGAACCGCACUACGCUUUGCUGAAGGAGUUGUUCAUCCAGAUAUUCUCUACUCCUCAGUAUCACCCUAGGAGUCAGCCCUUUGUGGACCACGUUUUCUCAUUCACGAUAGCAGACAACAGGAUAUGGUUCAGGAACUACCAAAUAAUUGAAGAAGAUGCAUCCCUGGUUGAGAUUGGGCCACGCUUUGUGCUCAACCUCAUCAAAAUAUUCCAGGGUAGCUUUGGUGGCCCGACCCUCUAUGAGAACCCACAUUUCCAAUCUCCAAAUAUGCACCGGAGGAUGAUUCGGCUGGCCACAGCUGCCAAACUGCGGGAGAAACAGAUGGUGAAAGAGCUGCAGAAAAUGAAAAAGUUGGAAGAGAAAGAGGUGGUGUCCCAAGAUGUCACAGAUGAUGUAUUUGCAACACCUUCUGAGGAAAAACCAGUUGAAGUAGAACAUGAGGCCCCACCCCUCAUGAAGAUGAAGAAGAAGAAGAAAGACAAGGAGUUCAAACGACAAAGGAUGCGGAAGGUCAUGAAAUUGUAAGCCACAGGGCACCAUAAAAGUGUGUAUUUUUUUAGUAUUGGAAGCUGGAAACAGAACUGCUAAUCCAUCAGAGUAGCCAACUGUCGCAAGUGUGAGCCAGGACUAAGAGUGUUUAACCUUUUCUGUUGUUCUUUUUUAUUUGAGUUCUUCCUGUCAUGAUGCCAGAAAUGGAGUGUAAUUAAUUGCUGUCUUGUUGAAAAUUGUAUUUGUAUUACUGUUGUUGACUGUUAAAGGCCUUUGCAUUGAACAGUA